UUCCCCAAAUGUUGCUCCGCCUCUGUUACACAACCCGCCGCUACUGCCUCCACCUCUUCCCCCACCACCACCGUCAUCACAAUCCCGCCCGCUUAUUUUCCUCUUCCGCUUCCAGAAACGCCGACGAGCCCCCCAACAAUCUCAAGAAUUCCGACCAAGUCCCGCAUCCUCCGUCUGUUAUCCACCGCCGCUUAAACCCUCUGUAUUCUGUCCCUGGCGCUUCCGCUCUCCCUCGCACCGCCGCCAUCGCGCUCUCCAGCGCUCUCGCCUCUGCCCUGAUCGCCUUGUACGUCGUCGUUUCGACGGACUGCGACGACAAGUCGUCGAAUCCUGUAUAUAACGGAGUACGACAUGCCGUCCUCAAAUCCACCGAGUCGUUCAGGAAGUUUCUCCACCACGCUAAACAGACCGGCGUCGCCGCCUCCGUUCUCUGGCACUCUCUCAGCUCCAUUUUGUCCUCUGCCAACCACGAGGUCCGCUCCGGCUUCGAGCUCCGGGUCGCUGCGUUCCUUGCCGAUAUUGCCGCCGCCAAUGCCAGCCGAAGGGCCGCCCUUGUUGGGGCUGGAGGUGGCGCCGUUGUCGAUUGGCUGCUCGAGUCGGUGGCUGUCCCUAGGGAUGGGUGUGGGACCCAGGCCGAGUCGGCUAGAGCUCUCGCCUUCUUGAUCUCUGAUCCUAAUGUGUCCGCCGCCGUGCUCGGCAGGCCCGGCGCUGUUCCCAGUCUCUUUAGGUUCAUUUUCUCCUGCCAGCCUCAUCCGUCUAAGAAGCGUGCAAGGCGUAGUUCACUUGAUGUUUCUGAAAAUUUGAAAGGAAGGAGCAUGCUUGUAGCUGCCAUUAUGGAUAUCGUCACAGCCAACUGUGAUAGUUUAGAAAAAGUGUCCUUGAAGCCAUUCCUGUCGGCGAAUGCUGAAACGCAGGAUAUAGCAGCUGUCAUUCAAGUUAUUGAAGAAGGUGGCAUGCGUUUGGAUGAGUCACAUGAAAAUGAAGAUGACGAAGAUGGUGACAGUGGAAUCAAGGGGAUUGGUAUUAAAGUUCUCGGGGGUACAUCAGUUUUAGGCCUAUCAAGAAAAAAUGGAGUUGUGAAGCUGGGAAGUGCUGAUACUAGUGAGUUAGGAUCUGGAAGGGUUAAUCCUCAUAAUCUUGUCCUGCAAAAUAUGCAUGCCAGUUCUCUAGCACAGAGUAAUCUGUCUUCUGCUGUUGUGCCUGGCCUCUGGGAUGAUUUGAAUUGUCAACAUGUUGCUGUUCCUUUUGCUACAUGGGCAUUGGCAAACUGGGCGAUGGCAUCAGAAGUGAAUAGGUCACGAAUACAGGAACUGGAUGCAGAUGGGCAAGCUAUUAUGACUGCUUUAAUGGCGCCUGAGAGAUCAGUCAAAUGGCACGGAAGUUUGGUGGCUCGGUUGCUAUUAGAGGAUCAGAAUCUAGCCCUGAACGAUUCAGUUUCUGAUUGGAGUUCCAGUCUUCUUUCUACUGUUUCUCAGGCAACUAAAAAUGAAGACAUUCCUUUGGCUCGGGUGGCUUUGUCAGCAUUCUUGAUUUCUGUUGAGAGGAGCCCUGAAGCGCGGAAGAUAGUGAUGGAAAAGGGUCUUCAUCUGAUAAGAGACAUUGCGAAGCGAAUGAUGAAGCAUAAUGAUGUGCAAGAAGCAUUGUCAAGGGCAUUGGAAUUGCUUUGUUCUGGGGACUUGCAUUUACCUCUUGAAGAAGGCCAAAGGUGGUCUGCUGUAUUACUUCGUUGGGUGUUUGGAAAACCUUCUUCUGACACAUUACGUUUGUCAGCGAUAAAAAUCCUUUCUUGCAUUCUCGAAGACUAUGGACCAUACUCUGUACCCAUUUCUCAGGGAUGGUUAGCUAUUCUACUUACUGAAAUUCUCACUUUGAAAAAGGCAUCAGUUAAAGGAACCCCUCAGGCUAGAUCUGUGAAUGUGAAGACUCAAAUUGAUCAGUCAAACAUGCUUUUUGCUGCACAGACUUCUAAUCAGUUAUUGGCAGCUGUUGUUAAUCUAGCAGGAAAUCAGCUGGGAACAACCACUGAUUCUAUUGAUACAUUUCCACUGGCAGAUCUUCUGUCCGCUGAACCUUUUUCUGGGCCAUUUAAAACCCUAAAGAAAGAUAGUUUGCCUAAGGUUAAUGCGGCAGAUUCUGCAGUGGCAACUCUGAAGGGAAUCAAGGCACUGACUGAAGUUUGUGCUGACGAUUCUUUAUGUCAGGAGAAACUAACAGAUUUUGGAGUCUUAAGUUUGCUGAGACGGUUUUUGUUACGUGAUGAUUAUGAGAAAUUUGCUGCCAUAGAAGCGUAUGAUGCUUCUAAGACGCUUGAGGCACAAGAGCGAACCUCCUAUGUUUCUAAAGAGUCAUCUAUUCCAGAUAGUAAUGGUCAAUCUAGUGUCCAAGUUCCACCCACAGCUCAUAUCCGUAGGCAUGCAGCGAGGCUCUUGACUAUUCUUUCAAUACAUCCAAAAGUCCAGAGAGUCAUAAUAGCAGAUAAAACUUGGUGUAAAUGGCUUGAGGAUUGUGCUAACGGUAAGAUCUCAGGUUGUAGUGAUCUUAAAAUUCAAAGUUAUGCUAGAAAAACACUUAUAAAUGUAUUUUGCGGACGCCAAAGAGAUUCUGCAAAUGGUGAUGUUCCCGAUGCUGGUAUUGCAAAUGGAAACAAAAAUUGCCCCCGUUAUGAUGACAUGAUAUUCUUAAUCAAUCCUGAACUUCCCCAUUGGAAUUGCCCUGAAAAAAGUGACCAAGACACAAGUCCAAGGGAUGCAUCCUCUUCGGAUCAAGUAAAUUCUGUUGAGAGUGUGGAUAAAUCUGUGUCCAGAAUUUCAGAUGAUGUUAACAUAUCCAGUUCUAUGGAUGCAUCUCGUAGUAAUGCAGCCACAAGGGAGCCUCUGCUGGAUAUUGUUUUUGUCCAUGGCCUCCGUGGAGGCCCUUAUAAGACUUGGCGCAUAUCCGAGGACAAGUCAUCCACCAAGUCUGGCUUAGUAGAGAAGAUUGACCAGGAAGCGGGAAAGCUAGGAACAUUCUGGCCAGGUGAAUGGCUUUCAUCUGACUUUCCUCGAGCUCGUAUGUUUACCCUUAAAUACAAGACAAAUCUAACACAGUGGUCCGGUGCUAGCCUGCCUCUUCAGGAAGUUAGCUCGAUGCUGUUAGAGAAGCUUGUUUCUGCAGGUAUUGGGAAUCGACCUGUUGUUUUCGUGACUCACAGCAUGGGAGGUCUGGUUGUCAAGCAGAUACUGCAUAAAGCAAGAGCAGAUAAUAUCAAUAACCUCGUGAAAAACACCAUUGGAGUUGUUUUCUAUAGCUGCCCACAUUUUGGAAGCAAACUAGCUGACAUGCCUUGGAGAAUGGGAUUUGUGUUUCGCCCAGCACCGACUAUAGGGGAGCUAAGAAGUGGAUCUCCAAGAUUAGUAGAGCUUAAUGACUUUAUCCGUCAGCUUCACAAGAAGGGGAUGCUUCAAGUCCUCAGUUUCUGUGAGACCAAGGUAACUCCAAUUGUUGAAGGUUACGGCGGAUGGGCCUUCCGAAUGGAAAUUGUACCAAUUGAAUCAGCAUAUCCUGGAUUUGGCGAUCUCGUUGUACUAGACUCAACAGAUCACAUAAACUCGUGCAAACCACUCAGCCGCAGCGAUCCCUCAUAUACAGAGAUAUUACAGUUUUUGCGGAAGCUGAAAGCAAGCCAGAAAUGAACAGGCAGUUGCGUAAAGGAUGCUGCCUCAGGAAUUAUGUUCACGAAUGUUCCAAAUCCAAGCGUGCCAGGAGUCACCGGUGGAUUUUCAUCCAAAGGGAUCAGGUAACCCCGAGUCAUUCCUGGGCGGAGGUGGAGGCAGAAGCGGAAGCAAAAGCAUAAUUUUGACACAUCAGAGUUCGUCCAUAGUUUUGACAGAUCAGAUUUCUGUACUCUCCACCACCCAGAGUUGGAUAACCAUUAUUCUUUGUACUCUGUUAGCAUUGUUGUAUCAUUAACAUUUUUGAAUUUUGUAGAAAAAAAGCAUCUGUUGUAUUGUGUAUCAUAUGCAUAAUAGGUGUAACAUUUCAGAGUCUGUCCAUAUAUAUUUGUGAAAGAUUAUGUAGCACUCCGCCGCAUACGAUUGACGUCUUCCUGACCCUCGCAACGCGGGGAGCAGAAAAUUUUGCUGACUUGAAGGCGUCCUGUAAUUAUUUGAAAAUAAAUGUUGUGGAUGUAAAAUUAUAAAAGUAGCAAAUAUUCGAGACAGUGUGACACGGUUUGCAACGUAACACCGUUAACGAUGUCGUCGAUGUUAAUGGAGAAAGCCGUCUCGGCGCCAAUGGCCCAUUUCGUCUUUCCACGCCCUCACUCGUCGAAUAAGCCCUCGACAAUUUUAACGACAAAGGCCCGUCGUCGAGCUCUGCCGCUCCGUUGCUCCGACUCGAACACCGCCGCUUCCACGUCUCUGUCUCCGCCGAUUGUUUAGACGGCGAACACCGGAACGGUGCCGCCGCUGGUGCGGAGGACGAUGUGGUACCGGAAGCAGUACCCGGGAGAGAGCAAAGGCAUCACCGAGGAGAUAAUAAAUUGAGCACCAACGGUAACAAUUCUUCUUCUGAUGACGAUGACGGUGACGGUCGGAAUGACGAUAAUGCCCCUGCCGAGGACAAUAGCUCGGAAUCGGAUGCCGACGGCGACGGGGGUGAAACGGAGACUUGGCGGCGGAGCUUGGAAGGGUUUAUCAAGUUCUUGGUGGACAGCAGGCUCGUAUUCGACACACUCGAGCGCAUUGUCGAUGAAUCAAACGGCGUCGCUUAUGCAUAUUUUAGGAAGACUGGAUUGGAGAGAUCGAAGAGUCUUUCGGGAGAUCUCGAAUGGUUUAAGCAGCAGGGCAAUGUGAUUCCGGAACCCAGCAAUCCAGGAGUUUCUUAUGCCAAGUAUUUGGAGGGGCUUGCAGAACAUUCUGCUCCAUUGUUCCUCUGCCACUUCUACAAAAUCUACUUUUCGCAUAUAGCUGGUGGGCAGGUCAUUGCAAGACGGGUACUUUUCGAGUUUUCAGGAUUCUUUAAUCUUGCCUAAAUGAUUCAAAGUCUUGAAAUUUAUGUUAAUUGUUCUGAAUUCUGAGGCGGUGUUGCUGAAGUUGCGUAAAUUCUAGAGUGCAUCAACGAAUGACAUACAUUGCUGAAUUUCCCUCCGCCGCCCGGGGGGGGGGGGGGGGGGGGUGGGUGUGGGAAUGUAACGGAAUUUAGUGUGCGACUCUAAGACUAAGCCACUUAAAAUACAAUGCAUUGAUGUAGAGUAGAGGGUCUCCAAGUUAUUGACUACUUGCAGCCCGUUUUGUAGAGGCAUGAAAGUUUUGAUCUUUGUGUGGAAAGAUGAGGUUUUUUCUAGUGCUUUUUACAGGACGGGAUCAACUGACUAGUAACUACUUUUGCAUUCUGCAAACUUGGAUUGGCGAAUUUCAGGUAUCUGAGAAGUUGCUGGAAGGAAGGGAGUUUGGGGUUUUUGUAUUUAUUUCUUAGUACUUAGAAGUUGGAAAUUUUUGUUUUGUGACUACAGCAUUGGACUGGACAUGACAAAAACAAAUGCUUUAAAGAAACAACAAAAUCAUUUCGGUAUUUGGGGCAGAUAGUUCGUUUGAUCAUCCUAGAGCCCAAGUAAUCUGAAUCAAACUGCUCGGGAGAUCACUUACCGGUAGCAUUGGUCUAGGGUGGACUCAUUUUUGUGUAGAAGGUGAUUUUUCGAAGGGCUUAACACCAGUGCAUCACUAAUCUAGAGAGAAGACGAGGAUGCCUUGUAUACUUUUCUUCCGUAAGGCUUAGGAUGAUGUAUAAGGGGAUUGAGAAAGCACCCAACUGCAACUAGCUAGUUUUAAGGGAAUAAUAUGUCAACAAAUGCAAGAAUAUUGAUACUGAAUUAUUACUGAGUUUACUCAGAGAUGGCAAUUUUAAACUUCCUUUGAUUUGUA